AUGACGUCACGCCAACAAGGCACCACAACACGUGUUACCGGUGCAGCGAGAUCAACGAGAAAUGACACAAAAUUGUCGGCGCGUCAAGGGUCAAAGAGGUCAGAGAAGACUCGGAGUCAACAAAUGACGAGUGGAUAUCAACCAGGUGAGGACUCAAGAUAUCAGCAGACUCGGAUGAGUAAGAAAGGGUCCCAGGCUGCUAGCAGACGGACAGGACGAGAGACGAGUAGACAAACUGCGGGAACAACGAAGACUAACCACCUUGUGCAAAGUAGACUUUCAAACCAAAUUGUGUUCCGUCAUACACCUAGCCAGGCAGACGAGUCUGAGGCGAAGAGCUAUGGGUCACAAUACGAUGAUGAUGAAUACGAGGAAGGAGAGGAAGACGACGAAAGGGAAUACGGAACCGAAGAAGAGGAGAAGGAAGACAGCGACGAAGACGAAAAAAGUGCUUAUAUUGAGGAUUUUUACCCAGAGUAUGAUCCGGCGACUAGGCCAGGGGCGAAAAAGGUUUCCGGCCCUCGGGUUGAACUUAUGGACGGCCCUGAACCGUGUCAUUGUUUUCCAAAGAAAAGCAAUAAAAACAUUCCUUCUAUGGUGUAUGAAAAAAUCGAGUGCAAACAUAACGGAGUUCAAGGUGAGGCGCAUGCCGGUGUGUACAAAUUUGACUUUAACUGGAACGAAUUUAUGGAGGAACCUAAACGCAGAAAACGGAGCCAAGCUCCUCCUAAAACUAACUUUGUAAAGGGAUAUCCAAAUCCGGAAUUUCUAGGAGGUGAGUAUGUAGAAGAAGAGGAAGAGGCAGAUGAAGAUGAUGACGACGACGAUGACGACGAUGAUAACACUCAACAAGAAGAAGAGGACGAGGAUGACGACGAUUACACAUAUCAUGGUGAUGAACAAUUCGAUGGACGAUGGGGAAGAGAAUCCGAUGAAGAUGAUGAUUAUGACGAUGAGGAGGAGGAAGAGGACGAAGAAGAGCUUGAACGGCAGAGAGCGUUGGAGGAAGCUAUGGCUAAACCAAGUGGUAUAAGAGCCAUUAUACCAUUGCCCCAAAUAGGAUACUCCCCGCCCCCUUCAAGGGAAAGAUCAACACCGAUGUCCCAACGUUCUGUCCCCUAUUCCCUGCCCCCUCUGCCUGAGAGCCCCUUCAUGUCGGCACAGGGUCGCCAGACCGCCUCGUCAUACGCAGGGUCCGAAAGUCGUUUGGAUAGUAGGAACUCGCGCAAGGACAGAUUCCGGAUAAAGAAAAAGAUCGACACAGUACGACGUUUCCAGGGCCGGAUGUACGACCCGGCUUCCAAAAAAGUCGUUUCCUAUGACAUCACGCCAGCCUUCAGAGCCAACAUUGGCUCAUGGCAUGCUCACAUCGAUAGUGGCUCCUCCAAAGCUUCCGGAAGUCGAUUGUCGCUCCAGUCCGGAAAUCGUCAAAGUACUCUACCGAGUCGCCGGAGUGUGAAAGCGGAAAGCCGUCAGACGAACAUCCUGGAGGAAGACGACGAGGAUGAAGACGAAUAUGACGAGGAUGAGGACGAUGAGGACGAUGAGGACGAUGAAGACGAUGAAGACGAUGAGGACGAUUAUAAACAAAAAUAUUAAGUGUUGAAGAUUUUCGGCAAUUCAAAUCGACAUGUCUUCAUUGUACAUGUAAAUUGGAGAUGACAUUUAAUGUGACAUCAUGUAAUAUUUAUACGGUUACUCAAAUGUGACGUCAACUAGCAGAGAUGUACAGUGACUCUAACGUGCCGUCAUUUACGAUAAAUAUAUUUACAUUUCCACUGCAACUUCCUCUUUUAUGACGUUAGGCUGCUCCAGGAAUCUCGUUUGCACUGACGACAUAAACGCAUCAAUAUCGAGAAUGUCUGUAUUUAGGUCAAUAGUAAGUAAAAGUUUAGAAUGUAAUUACAAGGAUUUAACGGCAUUUUUUGAUGUUCAUGCCGGUAUGAACGCUAAUCGGUUACAGACACCACAAACUUUGACAUGAUAGCUUUAACAUUUGGUACAUUGUGCGCAACCUUUUCAUGUUGACUCCUUUAUAAAUAAUAACAUAUGAAGGUACUCAUAGUCAUGGUCAUCAUGGCGACAUUUGCUGUUAUUGUGGAGGACAACGUAGUUCUAUAGCAGGGACUUACUGAAAUCGUACAGACUGUAAGUCAAUGACGUUAGAACCCCAGCUACAGUACUGAUGAGGAUCAUUCAAUUUAAACACAUAAACACGUCAGUCAUUUGUUUAAUAACCGAAUGAAAAUUUAAAUCUUACGUGUUAUAUUUAAUUGCAACACUUUCGAAUAAAACUUGA